UCUUGCAGUCUUAAAAGGGAGAGAGCUCUGUGGGGGAAGGGGAGCCCCCUGUCGGCAGCUUUCCCCGUCACUUCUGUCGGAGCCCUUCCUAGGUCUCCACCCUCCUCCCCUCCGAAGUGCUGAGCUCCCUCGCCCACCUCAGCUCCCCCACCUCUCUCUGAUUCCCUCCUGGUCGAACCCCCACCCCUUUUGGCCCCUGGGUCCACAAGACCCACACCCCACACACCUGCAUCUUCAGCUGUGACCUCCGGAGCCCUGCCUGCCCCUUCUCCACAGCUCCCUCCCUGCCUGCACCCAAGGCGGCCCCUUCCCGACUUGCCUUAUUUAUUAGUUCGACGCGUCUCUGAAUGUAUCCACCUCGGUCCCACCUCUGCCUUCGCUGCGCGCGCGCCCCUCGUAUUUCAGGGCCGACCCCACCCUGACUCCGCAUGUUUGUGUCUUCCUACCUUUCCGGCUCUGUCUUGCCCCGUCUCCCCGACUCUGGCCACCAAUCUCGAGGCCAGAGUGGGAGGUUGUAUAUAGAAACGCGUUGCGGAGUCCCGGCCCCGUCCCCCGCGGGGAGGGGGCUUGUACAUAAUGUAACAUACAGAGUAUAGUGAAGAAUCUAUUUACAGCGCCUCGGGGAGGGCUGCACGGCCGGGCUCGAUGGUUCCCUGGCGCGGCGGGGGCCUCCUGCCCUCUCCACGAGCACUUUCUACUUGUGCAUGGGCUUGAUUUCUACGCAUUGCCAUUAAACGUCGCUGCACCACCCAGCCUCCGGCGUCUCUCUGUAGGGGGCGGGGCUGGCGCGUGGUUUUCCGCCUCCGACGCGUUUCCGGCCUUAAAGGCCUUUCGCCCUUCCCUUUAAGACGCACCGCCCUCUCUCAGUCACUCCCAAGAUGGCGGACCUACUGGGCUCCAUCCUGAGCUCCAUGGAAAAGCCACCCAGCCUCGGUGACCAGGAGACUCGGCGCAAGGCCCGAGAGCAGGCUGCCCGCCUGAAGAAACUACAGGAGCAAGAGAAACAACAGAAAGUGGAGUUCCGUAAAAGGAUGGAGAAAGAGGUGUCAGAUUUUAUCCAAGACAGUGGGCAGAUCAAGAAAAAGUUUCAACCGAUGAGUAAGAUUGAGAGGAGCAUACUACACGAUGUGGUGGAAGUGGCUGGCCUGACAUCCUUCUCCUUUGGGGAAGACGAUGAGUGUCGCUAUGUCAUGAUCUUCAAAAAGGAGUUUGCACCCUCAGAUGAAGAGCUGGACUCCUACCGUCGUGGUGAGGAGUGGGACCCUCAGAAGGCUGAGGAGAAACGGAAGCUGAAAGAGCUGGCCCAGCGGCAGGAGGAGGAAGCAGCCCAGCAGGGACCUGUGGUGGUGAGCCCCACCAGCGACUACAAGGACAAGUACAGCCACCUCAUUGGCAAGGGGGCGGCCAAGGAUGCAGCCCAUAUGCUACAGGCCAACAAGACCUACGGCUGUGUGCCUGUGGCCAACAAGAGGGACACACGCUCCAUUGAAGAGGCCAUGAAUGAGAUCCGAGCCAAGAAGCGUCUACGGCAGAGCGGGGAAGAGUUGCCACCUACCUCCUAGGCAUCCAGCCACCUGGGGCAGGGCAGUGGGGGACAAGGUUGCUGCUAUUAGAACCCAUCCUGGAGCCCCACCUCUGAACCACCUCCUCAUAGCUGUCACUGAGGCUGGGGCAGGUGUUUGAUUUGUCACUGUUGGAGCUUGGCUGUUGUGUGUGUGGUAUGUUUAAGUGUGCAUGUGUGUGUGUGUGUGUGUGUGUGUGUGUGUGUGUGUAAGAGUAUGAGUGCACAGGUGGGUAUUUAAUCUGUAUUAUUCUCUGUUCUCCUUGGACUUUUUUCUUCCCCAUGGGGCUGGGGUCACUUUACAUUCAAUAAACAGUUUGACCCAA